AUGGAUCGCGGUGAAGGUUGCACCGAUAUACUCGGUGACAUGUCGUUGCUUCCUGCGGAAAACAAGGCACCGGUUGUUGAAGGCAUGAAGAGAUCACAGACACCCAAUGCGGAUGACGAUGGACCCGAGGAUUCUUUGACCGCUAUUCCGGGUAUCUAUAAACAUCAUAUUGAGCCUUAUGUCACGAAUGAGCAGACGAUCAUCAUCAUUGUGACAGACGACUACGGAAAAUAUCACGGAAUGGAGUCUGACCAUCCCACUAACUCUGCUCUGGAGGGACCCAACACAGUCGCCGACAUAUGGAAGGACGACGUUUGCGACGUCGAUACUCAAUAUCUGAUACCGUCUGAAUUUUUGCCCGCGCUGAAAGAGCAUCUCCUCCACAUGGUAGUGCUAUGCACGGCGAACGAGGCUUGCGGGUGGUGGGAAGCGUUCUUUGAGGAAAAUGGGUGGAGUGCAGACCAAGCCCGUUUCCUAGCUAGUCUGGUUGAUCCCACGGCCCGAGAUAUUUCCAACGGAAUCGUAGCAGCCGUGGACCAUAUCAAUUGCAUAAUGAACGGCGUCAUUUCCACGACGAGCCUCCCCGAUACAACCACCACAGUCACUACAGCCACCACAGUCACUACAGCCACCACAGUCACUACAGCCACCACAGUCACUACAGCCACCACAGUCACUACAGCCACCACAGUCACUUCAGCCACCACAGCCACUACAGCUCCCGGCAAAAAUAAUAAGGCAGUGGUGAUCGGCAGCGCCUCGGCUGGCGCCCUGGCGCUCCUGCUAGGUGGCGUUGGGGCAUUCCGACAGAUGCGGGGCGAGCCUGAAGCUUUGGAGGUUGAGGAGGAAGAGGGGACUGGAGGCGAUGGCCAGGACGUCCAACGAGAGGCAGUGGUCGGUGUUGACGAACACCAAUUUGCGUAG